UUCGUAUGAAAUAUUUGCAACCCGGGCUACCCAAAUAUGGCAUGGCUCAAUUCCCCUGCUGUAGAGUUGGUUUUUUCGCUCAUUUUCCUCUGGACUAUAUACAGAUUUGUGACAACGAGGAAGAGCAAGAACAACCAGGGGGAGUUGGGAUUGCCACCAGGGCCACGGCCAUGGCCAGUGAUAGGCAAUCUCCAUCUUUUGGGAAGCCUUCCUCACAAGUCUCUUGCUGAACUGGGAAACAAGUACGGGCCCAUCAUGUUCCUCCGCUUGGGUUCGGUACCCACGGUUGUGGCCUCUUCCCCUGCCAUGGCCAAAGAAUUUCUUAAAACCCACGAUCUGAUCUUCGCAAACAGGCCACCUUCAGCGACGGGCAAGUACCUGGCCUGCGAGCGCAGAGACGUGGCGCAAGCCCCCUAUGGAGAGUACUGGCGGCAGAUGAGAAAGCUCUGCACAAUCGAAUUACUGACGGCCAAGAGAACGGAUUCAUUCAGGUGGGUAAGAGAGGAAGAGGUGAGAGCCAUGGUGCGAUCUCUUUGGGAGGAGAGCGAGAAAGGCGUGCGCUGCGUCGACCUGCGGAAGCCCAUCUCCUCCCUCACACUCAACAUUAUUUGCAGAAUGUUUGCAGGCAGAACUUACUCUGACCAUGAACUCGGGGGAGGGAAGUGGUUUUUACAGAUGGUGGCUGAAAUUAUGCAUCUCUCAGGAGUAAUUGUUGUAGGAGACUUCAUUCCCUCUCUCGCCUUUCUGGAUUGGCGAGGCUACUGUCGCCGCAUGCAGGAUGCUCGUAAGGUAUUCGAUGAGUUUUUUGACAAGCUCAUCGAUGAGCACGUUGAGCGGAGAAGGUCGAAAAAGUCGGACGAUCCGGACAUUGUGGACGUGCUGCUGGACAUGGCUGAGAGCGAAACUGCCGAGAUACAAGUCUCUCGGAUUCACAUCAAAGCAAUCAUCAUGGAUAUGUUGAGUGCUGGAGUAGAAACAUCUGCCACAACUAUAGAAUGGGCAAUGACUGAGAUGCUGAGAAACCCUCAAGUAAUGGAAAGGGCACAACAAGAGAUUGAAUUAGAGGUUGGGAGAGAUCGCAUCGUAAGAGAGAGUGAUCUGGUAAACUUAGACUACUUGCGAUGUGUUGUGAAGGAAACAUUUCGAUUACAUCCACCAGCGCCCUUGCUCAUACCACACGAGUCCACGCAGGGUUGCAAUGUUGGAGGAUACUACAUCCCACCAAAAACAAGGUUGCUUGUGAAUGUUUGGGCAAUUGGAAGAGAUGAAAGUGUUUGGGAAGAUCCUUUAGAAUUCAAGCCCGAAAGAUUUAUUGGCUCAAGCAUAGAUGUGAAAGGCCACCACUUUGAAAUGUUGUCUUUUGGAACAGGAAGGAGACAAUGCCCUGGGAUUGCCAUGGGGCUUUCUGUUGUUCACUUGGCUGUGGCUCAGCUCAUACAUUGCUUUCAUUGGAGUGUGGAGGGUGAUUUGGAUAGGGAUGAAGAGUGUGGAUUGACCGUGCCAAGGAAGUUUCCUAUCUUUGCUCUUCCCUCCUGGAGGCUCACCACUAACGAGCCACCAUAACAUUGGAUGUAUAAUUGGGACAGAAAGUACUAAUAUAUGCAUACAUAUAACCAUCUUACCAUUGUAAUUGCACCUUUAUAUGGAAAGUUAUGUAACACCCGCCUCUGGUUGGUAUAGAAAAUUAAAAAA